AUGGCGGUCCACGCGGUGGACAUUGAAGUUAUAUACUCAGAAGAAAGAGGUGAUGAGGUUUACUUAGAUGAGGAAAAAGAGUCGGUCGGGAAUGCCGUGCAGGAUCUCAUCGAUCGGAAGAUCUUGAAAUUUCCGGAGAAAGCUACAAUGGACGUCGACCAGAAUCCUUUCCCAAAUACUCAAGUCAACAUGGCUGCAGCAGAAAGAAGGACAAGGGAGAUCUCGGCGGACCCUAAGGCAAAGGGCAAGGCCAAAAUGUAUCCUGAGGUUCGGUGCCAAUGUGAAGUGACUCUCAAAGUGGUUCCGCCAAAGCCCAAGGAGCCAACCAAAGAGCCAACCCAAGGAACCUACCAAGGGGCUGAUUAA